AUGUCGACAUCCGGUACUGUCCCGUCUCUUCUCUCUCUCAAAAAGAAGAAGCCGCCGCCAAAGAUGAUGACCAAAGUGGAGAGAAUUGUAACCAAGAAACCUAUCCCUCCUCCGGUGCAGGCUCCGCCGCGGCAACUGAAGCCGGCAGCGAAGCCGGCGAACGGGCUCGGGCGCAAGGAAGCAACACCACGACGAUCGCAUACUCCGGCUUCAUCUCGCCCGAGUAGUAAGGAACCGGUCGAGCGCAUCAAGCAGGAGCGGUCGAGACCCAACAAGAGGGCUUCGCCGACAGUAUCGACGCCCCAAUUCACAUCUGAUGAUGAGGAUGAAAAAGAGGAGGCCCAGCCUAGAAAGCGCGCCCGCGUCGAGCAAGUGAUUGACCCGAAUCGCCGCAUACGAGAUUCGGACGCCUUCACCGGGACUGGAGUCGACCUUGACAGGGUACAUGCCUGUGAGAUCGCAAACAGUAACCUGGAGGAGCAUAAUCGCAGUCAAUAUGUACCUUUUUUUACGGCGCUGAUGGAGGGAGAGAGGGAGGAGCCUGAUGUGUACCUUCAAUACCCUGGGGCUGCCGCGAAUCCGGAGAAGUAUCAGCUGGUAAGACCAGUCGAUUCAAGUGACUUCAGACCAAUCACCGAGAUCUUCGAGACCAUGAAAGUAGUCUCCGAAUACUACCUCGACGACGCAAGUGCGGAGAGAGUUUUCUGUGAAGAAGACGGCUCAGGUCUGUAUCAGAAGCUCAAACGACCACUCAUCCACGCGGAACGCGGCAAGGUUGGGGCUCAGACCAGCUUUAUCGAAAUUAUCGAGGAAUACAACAGGCUUAUCGUCGCGAAGAGAGCUGAUGGUACCAUUGCUACAACGAUCGACAGCAUGCAAAACAUCCCCCUCAGUCUCAUCAACCACAUCAUCAAGAAUCAGAUCUAUUCACGCACCGUUUCGCCGAGCGUGCAUCUCGUUCGGCAAUAUGAAGGCUUCUCAGACAACGUUUACGGCGAGCUGUUGCCGAUGUUCCUCUCGAAGAUCUUCAAGGAAACCAAGCUGCGUUCCGACCAAAUCUUUGUUGAUCUUGGCUCCGGUGUCGGCAAUUGCGUACUUCAAGCCGCGCUCGAGACGGGCUGCGAAGCUUGGGGCUGCGAGAUGAUGGACAAUCCUGCCAAGCUGGCUGAUCUACAAGCACAAGAAUUUCCUGCUCGAUGCAAACUGUGGGGUCUGAAGCCGGGUCCCAUCCAUCUCAUUCACGCCGAUUUUCUGCAGAAUGACCAGAUCCGUGAGGUUCUUAAGCAAGCUGACGUGAUCUUGAUCAACAAUCAAGCCUUCACUGCCGAGCUUAAUGACAAGCUCAAGAACUACUUUUUGGAUCUCAAGGAAGGAGCGCAGAUUGUGAGCCUCAAGUACUAUCGUGAUCCUCUUCACCGGAUUAAGGAGAGCAAUCAGUACGACCCGGUGAACGUGCUAAAGGUCAAGGAGAUGGAGCGGUUCAGUGGCAUGGUGUCGUGGACAGAUGAUCCUGGCAAGUGGUAUCUGCAAACAAAGGAUACCAAAGAGUUGAGAGACUUUGAGAGCAGAACGAAGCUUAAUGGGCACCGUUUAUGA